GGCGGGCGAGUCCAACGCGGCUUCCGUGGGGGGGUUGCGGAGGUCCAUCCCCGGUUCCGGCGGAACGGGCGGAGCCUCGGCCAUGUCCACACGCGCCGGUUCGCGGCUGCUGCUGGCGGGAGCCCCGCGGCGACACCGGGUGUCGGGGCCGGAGCCCGAGCGCCUCCGGCUCUUCCAGCGGCUGCGGGCGGCGGCGGCGGAGCGCUGGGACGGGCCCGGGGAUGGGGCGGGCGGCGGCACCGGGAGCGGCCGCCUCGCACCGGGGACCCCGAUCCGCAUCGCGCUGCCCGGCGGGCGCCGCCUGCCCGGCCGGGCCCUGCAAACCACCCCGUUCCAGGUGGCCACGGAGCUCGGAGCUGGCCUGGCCCAGGUGGCCUUGGUGGCCCGGGUGAACGGGACCCUCCAGGACCUGGACCGGCCUCUGGAAGGUGACACGGACCUGGAGCUGCUCGACUUCUCCACACCUGAGGGGCGGGAGGCUUUCUGGCGCUCCAGUGCCUGCGUCCUGGGGGCGGUGGCUGAGCAGAUUUUCGGGGCCACGCUUUGCAGCAGCCAAGCCACCGAGGAUGGCUUCUUCUGCGACGUGCACAUGGGCAGCAGGACGGUGCAGAGCGCGGAGCUGCCGCUGCUGGAGGAGGCCUGUGCCACGUUCGCCCGUGCCCGGCACCGCUUCGAGCGCCUCGAGGCCACGCGGCAGCAGCUGGCCGAGCUGCUCAAGCACAACGCCUUCCAGCUGCAGCAGCUCGAGGAGGUGACGUCCCCCACGGCCACGGUGUACAGGUGUGGCCCCCUGCUCCAGCUGUGCCCCGGGCCCCUGCUGCGGCACACGGGGCUGAUCGGGGCCCUGCGGGUGCUCACGAGCUCGGCUGCGCUCUGGGGGGGAGCUGGGGGUCAGUCCCUGCAGCGCGUGGCCGCCGUGGCCUUCCCCAGUGCCCGGGAGCUGGAGCAGUGGCAGCGGGCGCAGGAGGAGGCGGCUCAGCGGGAUCACCGCAGGAUCGGCAAGGACCAGGAGCUCUUCUUCUUCCACAAGUUCAGCCCUGGCAGCUGCUUCUUCCUGCCCCGCGGUGCCCACGUGUACAACACCCUGGUGGAGUUUAUCCGGAGCGAGUACCGGGCCAGGGGCUUCAGCGAGGUGGUGACCCCCAACCUGUUCAGCCCCCGGCUCUGGGAGCUCUCGGGGCACUGGCAGCACUACAGCCCCCACAUCUUCUCCGUCCCUGCCACCCCCGAGACCCUCUCGCUCAAACCCAUGAACUGCCCGGCCCACUGCCUGAUGUUUGCCCACCGGCCGCGCUCCUGGCGGGAGCUGCCCCUGCGCCUGGCGGAUUUCGGGGUCCUGCACCGCAACGAGCCCCCCGGGACCCUGACGGGGCUGACGCGGGUCCGGCGCUUCCAGCAGGAUGAUGCUCACAUUUUCUGCACCCUGGAGCAGCUGGAGAGUGAGAUCGAUUCCUCCCUGGAUUUCAUCCGCGCCGUCUACGCCGUCCUGGGCUUCUCCUUCCGCCUGGCCCUGGCCACGCGUCCCGAUGGAUUCCUGGGGGACCCUGAAACCUGGGAUCGUGCUGAGCAGCAGCUGGAGCGGAGCCUGAGGAAUUUCGGGCAGCCCUGGGAGCUGAGUCCGGGGGAUGGAGCCUUUUAUGGGCCCAAGAUCGAUAUCCGGAUCAGGGAUGCUCUGGGGAGGCAGCACCAGUGUGGCACCAUCCAGCUGGAUUUCCAGAUGCCUGAGAGAUUCGAGCUGGAAUAUGCCAGCCCCAGCGGGAGCCCCGCGAGGCCGGUGCUGAUCCAUCGGGCGGUGCUGGGCUCCGUGGAGCGCAUGGUGGCCGUGCUGGCCGAGAGCUACGGCGGGAGAUGGCCGCUCUGGCUGUCCCCACUGCAGGCCAUGGUCAUCCCACAGACCCCCGAGGUGGAGGACUAUGCCCGGGAGGUGCAGGCAGUGCUGAGGAGGGGGGGCCUCCUGGCUGACCUGGAUGGGGACCCCGGGACCACCCUGGCACGGAAGAUCCGCCGGGCCCAACUCGCCCACUACAACUUCCAGUUGGUGGUGGGGCGGCGGGAGCGGCAGCGCGGCACCGUCAGCGUGCGGAGCCGGGAGAACCGGCAGCUCGGCGAGCUGGAGCUGCCCCGGGUGCUGCAGCGGCUGCAGGAGCUCAGGGACAGCCGCGUUCCCGACGCCGAGCAGCGCUUCUGACCCCCCCUCACUCCUAUCGGGGGGCCCCGGGACCCCCCAACUCAAUAAACUCUGGGAAAUGUG